UCACUCAUGAUGUUGUCUUGUGCAUUAUAUGGCAUCAUAUUGAUAUUGUGCAUUGGACAAUGUAUAGGUCAAGAGUUGAUUUUUCCUGACUCUUUUAAUGGGGCAGUAGGAGGAAGCGUAGAGUUUGCUCUUGACAGUCCACCACCCACUAAUUCAGUGGACGUUUACUGGAAUUUUGGAGUUCCAUUCAUACUUACCUUUAAAGAUGGUGUACUUAGCAUACAACCAGCAUAUAGAGACAGAGCAACUCUGGACACCACCACUCUUGCAUUGAAGCUUAUGAACCUGAGAUUCAAUGAUACUGGGACAUAUAAGCUGAGUGUAACAAACAAAGAAGGAAUUUACAAUGGACUAACUUCACUGGUAGUCUAUGAAAAUGUGUCUGACACCAAACUUACUGGUCUAAUCGAACCGUUAAUAGAGACAAAAUCAAUUGCUAACAUUAAAUGUGACGGAAACGGCAACAUCACCUCUAUGAAGUGGAUGAAAGAUAAUAAUCCACUGAAUCCCAGUGACAGAGUCAUCUUCUCAUCUGAUAACAAAUCAGUUUCCAUUGGUCCAGUGAUCAGAUCUGACAGUGGAGAAUAUCAAUGUACUCUGGCAAAUCCUGUUAGCUCUGAGACUGCAAAACUCAAUGUUAUCAUCAACUAUGGACCAGAUAAUGUUUUGAUUGAUGGUCUGAGGGAGGUGGGUUUAGGGCAGAAGGUGUCAUUGUCUUGCUCUGCCACUUCUGUACCUUCUGCUUCAUUUACCUGGAAGUUUAAUGGAACAGUCACAGGUGUAAAUACAGAAACAUUCACUAUAGAAAAGACUGACAUCACACACAGUGGAGAGUAUCUCUGCACUGCCUGGAAUAAUGUCACAAACCAAAAAAAUGACUCUCAAAGCCACUCUUUAGUAGUUAAAGAAGGUGGUGGUGGAGAUAAUGGUGGUGAUGGAGGAGGAGGGCUGACAACCGGUGCUAUAGUUGGGAUUGUCAUUGGUGUUUUAAUAGCAGUUGCAGGGAUUUGUGGUUUGAUUGUCUACCUUACAAAAACCAAAAAAAUCCCAAAAGUAAGCCUGGGAAAAAGAAAACCAAACAAAGAAGCACCACCCAGAAGACAAGAGCAUGAGUUGAACUAUGCAGAAAUCAGUCAUGAUAAGAAGUCUGGAGGAGAUGGGGUGAUUCCAGGGAAUAUGAAUGAAUCUAGAACAGAAUAUGCACAAAUAAUGCAUGGAGCUUCAGCUAAACCACAAGCUCCCCCACAACCCUAUGGAAACCAGGAAUCGAAACCCUCCUCCUUACCAGAAGGGGUUACCUAUGCACAGGUUAUGAAACGCAGCUGACCCGCCUUCCCGACAGUGCCCUGCAUAUUGCACAUAUUUAAUUUUGUGACAUUUCUAAUUAAACAUUUGUUGUUGUGUAAGUGAGAUUAAUUGAAAUAAAAUAAUUCUAUAUAGCACUAAAAGUGGUUAUUUGCUCGUAAUCAUAGGGGAACCACUUUAAUAUAUAUAUAGCUCCAUAUUUUGGUGCUUCGGUGGUUCUUCAGCAGUCCUUUGGGAUGACUGAUGUGCAAUAUAGCAACGCUGUAGAAUCAUACGGUGCUUGCCUCUGAAGACCCUUUGAAGAACCACUGUGCACCAAGAUAUGGUGUUAUAUAGCGCUAAAAGUAGUUCCCCUAUAUGAUAGCAUGCA